UUAGUCCAGUGGGCCGUAACCCAAAUCUAAUAGUAUUAAUACCUUUGGUUUGCGGUUGAAUGAUGAGUAGUACUAACCGCAUCUCUGUCUGCAAACACUUUCUUGCUUCCAAGCUUGAAUUCACCUUUGCUAAUGGGAGGCGCCAACAAUGAAUCUCUAGCGUCGGGCUUCUCCUUUCUAUCCGACAAAUCGGAAAAAGUUUUCGUUGCCGGGCAUCGGGGCCUGGUGGGAUCCGCAAUUGUCCGCAAGCUCCAGUCCCUCGGUUUCACCAACAUCAUCGUCCGCACUCAUGCCGAGCUUGACCUUACCGUUCAGUCCGCCGUGGACGCCUUCUUUGCCACCGAGCGCCCUAGCUACGUGAUCCUAGCGGCUGCCAAAGUGGGCGGAAUACACGCCAAUAAUACAUAUCCUGCCGAUUUCAUCGCCGUCAACCUCCAGAUCCAGACUAAUGUCAUCGAUUCCUCGUAUCGCCACGGUGUUAAGAAGCUUCUUUUCCUCGGUUCUUCCUGCAUCUACCCUAAAUUUGCCCCUCAGCCUAUACCGGAGAACGCACUACUUACUGGCCCCCUGGAGUCAACCAAUGAAUGGUACGCAAUCGCGAAGAUCGCCGGCAUCAAGAUGUGCCAGGCCUACCGGAUUCAGCACAAGUUCGAUGCGAUUUCUGGAAUGCCUACGAAUCUCUACGGUCCAAAUGACAACUUCCACCCGGAGAAUUCGCACGUGCUGCCGGCGCUGAUGAGACGUUUCCACGAGGCAAAGGUUGGGGGAGCGAAGGAGGUCGUUGUUUGGGGUACAGGUAGCCCGUUGAGGGAGUUCCUGCACGUGGAUGAUCUGGCGGACGGAGUGGUCUUCUUGAUGGACAGUUACAGUGGUUUGGAGCAUGUGAAUGUGGGUAGUGGGACGGAGGUUACUAUCAAGGAGUUGGCUGAAUUGGUGAAGGAGGUGGUGGGAUUCGAAGGGGAGCUAGUGUGGGACUCAUCGAAGCCAGAUGGAACUCCAAGGAAAUUGAUGGACAAUUCAAAGAUUGCCGAAAUGGGUUGGACCGCUAAAACAGGGCUCAAGGAUGGGUUGAUGGAUACCUACAAAUGGUAUUUGGAGAAUGUCCAGAACAUCAAGAAAUGAUUCAGGGCUCGCUAGUUAUCUUUGUUUCUAGAGUCGAAUGUAGACGUAUUUCCUCACUGGAGUUGAUGAUGGACUGGUAUCAUCGAUCGCCCUAAGCUGCUAGAAUCUUCUGUUUGCCAAAGAAAACUAAUAUAGGAGGCGAAAAACAUUCAAGAAGCUUGGUUUAUUGAUCUCUAGUUCUGUUUCAAUCCACUAGUGUGGGUAUUGAUGUUAUCUAGAGACUUUCUUCCCUUGGUCCUGCUUUUGUUUUUCUCUUUUUCUUUGAAGGACUCUAGUUGAUAAAUAAAGUUAGAAGAAUCCUUUCCUUUAGAUAGCGAAGCUGUUUGUGGGUUCCAGUGGCAUGGAUGAUGGAUAUAGAGUGGCAGAGGCUCUGUGAGAUAUGGAGACAAAUGUUCAACUAUGAUACCCUGCUAUUGGCCUAUUGCUGUAGCC